GUUUGGUAAAGUGCAGUGCUGGUUGUAGUCGCCGGAGCAGGUGGAUUUUUUGCAAGGAUUUUCAGGAGCUGCGUUUUGAUCUUGGCAAUUUAAAUGGACAAGUUUUUACACACCACCAAACACCAUCAGGAUGACCAAAUGCCCUCAGCAAUGGUGCCGCCUGAGGAAUCUGAUGAAAACGAGCCGGUGCGAAAGCGGAAGAAGUUACCAUCAUCGGUGUGGUCCCACUUCGAUAAAUUACCUAAUCAACAGCACGCAAAAUGUCGGCAUUGUAGCAAAGAGCUACGAACCAGUGGCAAUACUUCCAAUUUAAUGGAGCACCUUAAACGUGCCCACCCUCUAGUGCAUGAAGGGAAGAAGGAAAACGUUCCUCCAAUUGGAUUACAUAAAUAUUUUGAAAAGACAAAUGUUUAUAGUUCAACAUCGGAGAAAAAAAAGAAAAUUGACGAAGCCAUUGCGCAAAUGGUUGCAACGGACAUGCAACCGUUUAGCGUUGUCGAGAACGCAGGGUUUAUUAAUUUGAUGCAAGUGGUACGGGACACACAUGUACAGAACAUGUACGAUGGAAUGGUAUCGCAACUAAAAGGUAUGCUGACUACAAUUAGUUCAUGUUCGGUGACGACAGAUGCGUGGACGUCUCGUGGCAAUAUAAGCUACCUCACUGUAACUUGCCAUUUUAUUAUAAACUUCGAGCUCAAGUCAGUAGUGUUGGCUACGAAGCCACUCACUGAUCAAACAAACCAUUCAAGCGCAAAUAUCGCAACGACAUUUCGCAAAAUAUGCGAUGAAUGGAAUAUUUUUGAUAAAGUUCACACUAUUGUGACCGACAACGCGGCGUCAAUGAUAAAGACUUGCGAACUUCUGAAAAAAAAGCACUUACCUUGCUUCGCUCACACGCUUAACCUAGUUGUGCAAGAUGCGUUAGCCCUAGAAAAUGUGCAAGGUAUAUUAAAAUCCACUAAACGAAUUGUUUCGUUUUUUAAGAGCAGCGCUACAGCCUAUGCUAAGUUUAAAAUUGCACAAGGGACAGAAAAACCGCACUCCUUGCUGCAAGAGGUCUCAACGCGGUGGAACAGUGCUUAUUACAUGCUGCAAAGGGUGUUGCUGACUCGGGAUCCUCUGACUGCCACUCUUUUGAAAUGUCAAAAUGCGCCGAUUCCGCACACAGAGAAUAACUUUCGCAUUAUCCAAGAUUUGUGCCUGCUUUUAGAGCCAUUCGACAAAGCAACAAAACAUGUAUCGGCUGCCAAGUCCGUUACCAUUUCCCUGAUUAUUCCAGCGACUUUUGCUCUCACUCAAAGCUUGGAAGAGCUUACUGAAAAAAUGUUAACGGAUGUGGGCAGCCAAACAUGCGAAUUUUUAAUAAACAAUGUGAAAAAGAGGCUUUUUGUAUAUGAAGGAAGAUCUGGACCACGCCUAGGAACACUUCUGGAUCCACGGUUAAAAAAAGAUGGUUUUCAGAACCCAUCUAAUGCCCAACAGGCUGCGUUGGCUUUGGAGUCCGAGGUUUACGCAUUAUUGAAGGAUAUUGCAGAUCCUGUCAUAACAGAAGCGCCAAAGAAUGAUAAGACUUCAUUUUUAUUCAAAUGUGUCGGAAAAAAAAUCGACGAAAAACACAAAUCUUCACGGGCGGAUGCAAUCAUUACUAUUCGGCAAUACUUGGAGCAAAGCAAUUCACCAGAAGACGUGGAUCCUUUACAAUACUGGCAGAUAAACAAGGAAUCAUUUUCAGAGCUCAGCCAAUGUGCAGUUAAACAUCUAUGCAUACCAGCAAGCUCAGCGGAAUCUGAAAGGACAUUUAGCAAGGCAGGAGCAAUUGUAUCGGACCGAAGAGCGUGCUUAAAGCCAAAGCAGGUGAACACAUUGGUUUUCUUGAAUAAAAACCAAUGGCUUCUUAACCAUUAAGUCGAAUUUUCAUUGCCUUUUGCUUAAUAGGCAAUAAGUAUCUGUA